UCUCUAUGGUGAGGUGGGGCUUUGCGGCGUGCUCAUGGCGGAGGUGGCUCAGGAGGUGCCCGAGGAGGUGCUGCUCUUCCUGCGGCAGCACCCGCUGCUCAGCCUCGCGGAGUCGGGCAAGGUGCGGUGCCGGCUGACGGGCCACGAGCUGCCGUGCCGACUGUCGGAGCUGCAGGCUUACACCGACGGCAGGAAAUACCGACGGCUGAUAAAGACAUCCCGAGAGUUUGAUUAUGGCACCUUCGAGCCCCAUAUUGUGCCCAGCACAAAGAACCUACAUCAGCUGUUCUGCAAACUCACUCUCAGACACAUCAACAAGCUUCCAGAGCACGUCCUGCGUCACGUCCAAGGGAAACGCUAUCAGAAGGCACUGAAAACAUAUGAGAAGUGCCAGAAGGAAGGGGUGAAGUAUGUCCCUGCCUGCUUGCGGCAGAAGCAGCAGCAGAGACAGCGCGCUGACGACGAAACGAAUGGGAGCAGGCAGCCUCACAGAACAGAAGAAUUCUGGGAGCCCAGCUCUCCCAGGACAGACGAGGAUGAGGAUGGAGAGGAGACAGACGACAGCAUGAGCGAUCUGUACCCACCUGGACUCUUCCCAGAAAAAAGCCCAGCAGCUCCACAAAACACAGAGGCCAACGAUGGUUUUGCAACAGACAGCGGGGACGAUGGGGCCGAGCUGAGUAGGGAGAAUGGUGACAUGAAUGGAGAUGGUGACAGAAUGGAUGUCAGCAGAGCAGCUGGCAAGAGGGGAAAGGUGGGAGUCACUUUGCUGUGUGUAGCAGAUGGGGAGCGUGAACAGCCAUCAUGCUAUCCUGUAGGUGGUUUCGGAUCUGUUCCUGUCUGAGAAUCAGCAGAAGGUGUAAAUCUAUUUGGGAGAAUACUUUCUCCAUGUGCCAGCCAUUGACUUGCAUCCUGAGGUGUGAAUUAGUAGCAGUAAAUAUUUAUCCUAUCUUCUCCAACUGGGGAUCUUACUUCCUGUAUAAAUAUCUCAUCUUUGAUUGAAUCCUGCUGCACCAUCUUGACAGUAAGACUGUGGGUUCUGUAGUCCUCCUCUCCAUACACACACACACACAGCUAAACAGUUCCAAAGUCAUGAACUCGUCCUACACCUUUUUCUGCUCCUACCUGAGGAGCUGACCAGGUCCUGCCUUUGGGUGUGCUUACAGAUCCUUCUCAGUUUGGGAAGCAGACAUGUUGUAUACAUGAAGGUGAAGAAACUCUCUUAGGAAUCCUUUCUGAUUGUAGCAGUUGAAAGGUUAAGGGUGGAUGAAGUUUAGGUUCAUUUCUGUGGGGAGAGGGCCACUGUUUGCAUCUGAUGAAACCUCAGAGAUGCUGACAUGCAGGAUGGGGCAAAAAACCACCAUGUGCCCUGGGCUGUGCUUGUUCUGUCUCUUGGUAAAGGACAGCAUGCUUGAUUUCUCUUUAAGCAGUCUGGGGCAAGGCUGGGUUUAGUUUCUGGAAAAAGCUGAUUGAUGUUUUC